CGGGUAUCAGAGGACCAUCACUACACAUGACUGCGGGCUGCAGAGGAGAGAAAGUUUGAUUUGACGAAGCGCCGCGACGUGAACAGUAAGAGGAUUGUUACACUUCAUAAUAUGAAAGGAAGCUGUGUGUCGCUUUGGAACAAGAGGAAAUCCCAAAUCCUUGAUCAGAUUCCAGCUUCAAACUCCACACGAAGCUCGCUGCUACGGAUUGUUGCAUUCUGGAAACUGAGCUAGCUUCUAAACACGACAGCAGCUAUACUGCUUGAACGAUGUCUGACGUGAAGCUGGAGGAGUGUCGAGAGCAUAUUCGUUCACAGCUGGACAACGUAGUGGACUUCUGGCUUAAAUACUCUCAUGACACUGUGGAUGGAGGCUUCUUCACAUGUCUUGGGAGGGAUGGAAGUGUUUAUGAUAAACUGAAGUAUGUCUGGCUGCAGGGCAGACAGGUGUGGAUGUAUUGUCGACUGUACCGAACCAUGGAUCGUUUCCACAAGCCUGAAAUCCUUGAAGCAGCAAAAGCUGGAGGUGAAUUCCUGAGAAAGUUUGCUCGUGUGUCCAGGGCCAGUGGUGAGUGGAAAUGUGCCUUCUGCUUAACAAGCGAUGGUAAAGCAGUCAAAGUUCAGAGGACCCUCUUCAGUGAGUGUUUCUACAUUAUGGCCAUGGAUGAACUCAGCAGGGUCACCGGUGACAAGGACAUGCAGCUAGAGGCUGAGCAGAUGAUGGAGCAGCUGAUCCACUGGGUUCGGGUGGACUCUUCAGGCCUCGGCCGGCCCCAGCUUCCAGGGGACGUUCCCACCAACAGCAUGGCGGUUCCCAUGAUGCUGUUGUGUUUGGUGCAGCAGCUAACUGAAGGUCAGGGUCAGGACGUGGUUCAAAAGUACAAAGAACUGGAACAGUGGUGUGUGCAGCAAAUUCUACAUCACGUCCAGAGAGCUGGAACGGCUAUUUUAGAGAAUGUGUCCGUAGAAGGGACAGAGCUGCCAGGUUGUUCAGGACGACUUCAGAACCCAGGUCAUGCCCUGGAAGCAGGCUGGUUCCUGCUUCAGUACAGUGCAGAGCGCGGGGAUGAGAAGAUCCAGGAAACUGCCAUUAGCAAGUUUAUGGAGCUCCCUUAUCAGUGUGGCUGGGAUAAAAAGCAUGGUGGUCUUUUCUACUUCCUGGAUGUGGAUGGUCACUGCCCCACACAGCUGGAGUGGAGUAUGAAGCUGUGGUGGCCUCACUGUGAGGCUCUCAUUGCCUUCCUCAUGGCCUACAGUCAGACCAAGAAGCCUGAGCUGCUGGAGAGAUUCUUUGAAGUUUAUGACUACACUUUCACCCAUUUCCCUGAUGCUCAGAGUGGUGAGUGGUUUGGCUAUUUGACACAAGAAGGGAAAGUCGCACUGGAUUUUAUUGGAGGCCCAUUUAAAGGGUUCUUCCAUGUGCCUCGCUGCCUGUACAUGUGUGAGCGUAUUCUGGAUGAUCUGCUGGCAAACAAAGACACAACAGUCUGAUUUGAAUGUUCUGAUAAAGGGAUUUAGUCUGAUCUGUGGGCCUUUGUACUAAAUCAAACCACAAGUAAUCAGCAUGUAAAGCAUAAUUGCGUAAACUUUUCAACAUAGGUCACUGUAAAGCAGUUUUAUCUUGUCGCUCAUGAAAUUUAUUGAGAAAUUAUGUUACAAUACUACUAAAUAAAAAUGUGGCCUUCUUUACAUAUCUUCUGGCCAUCAGUGGCAAUUUGCACUUGAGGAAAGAUGCUUUCCUGGGCAGAUAAAGUCGUGUUUUUCUGACUCUG